AUGGCUGAAGAAGUGAUCCUCCUUGGUAUCUUGGUAAGUACAUUUGGGAUGCGGGUGAGAAUAGUCAUGGAAGAGAAAGGGAUCGAAUAUGAAUACAAGGAAGAGAACAUGCUUGAUAAGAGCCCUUUACUCCUCCAAUCGAACCCAGUUCAUAAAAUGGUUCCUGUUCUGAUUCACAACGGAAAACCCAUCUGUGAAUCUGUGAUCAUCCUUCAAUACAUUGAUGAGGUUUGGAAAGACAAGUCUCCUAAUCUGUUGCCCUCUGAUCCUUACCGUCGUUCACAAGCAAGGUUUUGGGUUGAUUUUGUUGACAAGAAGAUUUAUGAUAGUGGAAAGAGGAUACUAAUGACCAAAGGAGAAGUACAAGAGGAAGCAAAGGAGGAGAUGAUAGAGAGCUUGAAGAUUUUAGAAGUAGAGCUUGGAGACAAGCUUUACUUUGGAGGUGAAACUUUUGGAUUCCUGGACAUUGCAAUUCUUCCUUAUUACUGCUGGUUCUUCUCCUAUGAAUCCUGUGGUGGAUUCAGCAUUGAAGCUGAGUGCCCAAAGUUGAUGACAUGGGUGCAAAGGUGCAAGGAGAAGGAGAGUGUGACCAAAUCUCUUGCUGAUCCACAGAAAGUCUAUGACUAUGUCCUGAAACUCCAGAAACUGGCUGGGUAG